CCGCAUAGAAAUGCUACUACUGUGAUGAAGUAGGCGCCAACGAAAAGAAUUUUCGAAAAAAAUAUUAAUCAAGAACUAGUACGAGGAUCAGGAUUGGUUUAGUACUUACUCUCGUCCCUAAUGAUUAUGAUACCUAUUGAGAAGUAACUCGUUUCCUCCUAUGAAGCCCUGCAAGGAUCCCAACAGGCAACAGCAGGAGCUCUAACAGUGAUUAACAACAUGAUGUCCUCCUCGUGUGUGGUCAAGGAGACCUUGUCUGGCAAAGAGUUUCCGGCAAGGUCAGUGGCAGAAGAUGGCAGCGUUCUCGACUGCAUCGGUGCCGGAUGCAGACACAAAAAACUCGGAUUCAUUGAGUUGCGCAUAUACGCACUUGCGUGCUACGUUUAUGGUCCACGGCAGCUGAAAAAUACUUAGUAUUCAGUCUCAGUAACAGUCUGAUCUGUCUGAUCUGAUGAUGCGAGUCUAUUCGGCAAUGAUCUACCUUAGAUUUCCCUGGCGACUAUCUUUCAGAAAUGAAUGCAAACAAUUUUUAAACUGUAUCUUUCAGAAAUGAAUGCAAACGUUUUUUAGACUAUCUUGCAUAAAUGAAUGCAAACGUUUUUUAGAUGAAGAUAAACUGCAGCUGUCUUCAGAAGACUCAGACUCGGGAUCUGGUUCUCCUCUGGAAGUGGAACCGAUAACGUUUUUUAGAAAAUAAAUGAAUGCAAACGUUUUUUAGAUGAAUGCAAACGUUUUUUAGAUGAAGAUAAUCAGCUGUCGAACUUUUGGAUUACUCCCCUCUAACGCACACGACGCAACGAUCUCGUGGCAGAAUGUGGACCUUUUAGCUCGCAACGCGACGAGUGGGCGCCAUGUUUGCGACAAGCGGUGUUGAAUGCUACAAACCCCCUCUUCUUAAGGCUCUACUUGUUCUGCUUUAGCUUUAGUCCAACGAACAACACACGACUUGGUGAUCUAGUAUCUGCUUUAUUUCACGAACAACACACGACUUGGUGAUAAGUAAAGCAGUGGGUGUCACAAAUUCAUCUUGAAUGAAUCAAUGUAAGUACAUUAAAGGCAUGAAUGAAUGUACAUUAAAGGCUUAGGCCUGGCGCUUUUCAUAUCGACGGAGUUGGAUUCUCAGGGUAUGACCUUACGCUCAGAACAAUGUAUGCUCCCGCUAUUUGGUAGCCUGAAUUCGAUCAUAAGGGAAAACAAGAAGAGAACCCUUGUGAUCAAAUUCAGGCUACGAAAUACCGGAACCAUGCAAACAAGAACCAACUUAAAAUCAAAUUUGGUGACUCAGACUCGCUACUUCUAAUGUUCCUCCAGAUGGAACUUCAUUUCAUGAAGCCGAUUCCGGCAAGCAUGAUGUCCAAUAGCCUUCGCGAAGAUCUGGGACAACAUAUAGAGGAUCCAGCAGAGCUCAGCAAGGUAGAAAAACUCGCACCGCCGGAUGGUAUUGCGAGUGGGACUAUCCUUAUGUUCUUCGAACUUUAUUGAUCUUUCAUCUCUGAUCUCAGAUCUCAGAUCGGGGAGUAGUUCAAUCCUACAUGCUCACUGCUUACAGUCACACGAUUACAGUUACAUCCUACAUGAACAUCCUAGACAUGUACUACCAUCUUUCUCAGCAUGAUUUCCAUCUUGGUAAGUUGUAGAGUACCUAUCUUGGAGGACGCCUUGGUAACAAUUUGUAUUACACUCGUCUCCGCAUAGAGUACCAGUGUACUAAGGGUACCGGCCGCAAGAUUGAUAAGGGGACCGAGAUACGUCACCCAGCUAGCGCUCUCUAAUAUUCUCCGCAUCUGCGUACGCGGAAACACAAUAGAGGCUUUCAAAUUAUGACCGUCCUAGGCAAUGAGUUGUAUCUCCAAAGUAGUCAUCUGAAAGAAGAAGAGAAGAGGCAAUUGACACCUCUAAUCACAGACAAGGAUCCAUUACCUGUCGUCAAGUCUCGUGCGGUGGUAGGGGCUUUGCUUCAUGUUUGGUUUGUCUCUCAGGACUUUGUUCGCGGAUUCCGCGACAGCUUGAAUAAAGAGGUGAAAGUGGCUGUAGAACGAUGCAGGACUGCGACGACUGUUAAGGCUCCUGUCUCUUGUGUAGGGAGACAUUAUUGUCAUGGGUCCAAUCCGAACCGACUAACAUCAUCAUUGACAUUUGAUAAAAAUUACCAUGAAGAUACUUUUUCUUUGAGGGAUCCUCACGAUACCAGGGGCGACGAUGAACUAAUGGCUUCUGUACUAGCGCUAAGAGGAGCAAUGUUGACAGUUCUUGUCGUGCUGUUGGCAACAGGAGAUCCACUUUGGCAUCUCCUAUCAUGGACUCUAUGGACGCAGGUUCUAGUGGACGUGCUAGUAUGGCGAAAUCCCCUCGAAAACUACAGGGCCGCUCUUCCUCGAUGCGAGAAAGUCCGCCAUCAACAUCAAGAGGAACUACAGAGACGAGAAGACGACCAUCUUGUUCGUCUUCUUCUACUUCAAAAGCGGCCUCCGCUUCAUCAUCUUCAAAAGAACCGUCAAAACGGCAAUCUCAUUCGCAGCAAGAUGAAGAACCUUCUCCACCAACCCCAUCCUCUAUGAAAGCGAAAACGAAAACGAGCGAAGACAUUUUGACGAGUACAACAGCCUCGGCAGAAAGUGGCCGUCGACUCUCGUCUUCCUCUUCCUUGAGCACAUCUUCGAGGCCCUCUACAGCCUCGUCUAAACCACUUAUGAUUGAUUUUGAUGAAGAGUUGUAAUUGGAUGUUAUGUACUCCUUGUUCUAGUAAAGAGUCUAUAGUCUUCAGAUUCAAGAGUGUAAUGAAAAACUACCGAAACCUAUUGUUUUCUGAGAUAGAAGAAAUGUAAUCUUGAAAAGCUACCGAUUGUUUUAUGAGGUAGAAGUUCAAGUAGCUACCGAGGAUUGUUUUAUGACUAAAUGCAUACCCGUCAGAAUGUAACUGACUGGGUAUUGGCCCUUAGGCGUCAAAAGAUACCUCCAGAACAGGUAAAUGAAUGAAUCGGGCUUGUCCUGAGGUAGUCCUAGUUGUAGGCACUUCUUGUCCUGAGGUAGUACUAGUUGUAGGUACUUGUCCACCUUAUGAGGUAGUAGAACUAGAAGUUCUCGUCCACCUCUUCAUACUCUCUCGCUGGAUUGAACUACCUGAGAUCAACUGGCAUCAUGUGCAGAGCUUGCGACAGGUCAAAAUGGAGGGAGAGUUGUACAAGUGGCACCUAGAUGGUAGCAAACUACGUGGCAAGCUGAUUAAGGCUACCGCCGAACUGUUCGCAUCCUCAGCAUGAUCAUCCUUGCUUCGCUUUUUAUAUUUAAGUUGUACUAGCACGACUUGAAAAAGAACCUACACGACUUGGCUCUUUUUAUAUUUAAGUUGUACUAGCACGACUUGAAAAAGAACCUAUACCUAAGGAUCAUGCUCUCAGGGAUGGAAACGCGGCACGACUCGGUCUUCUAAGCUGAUGCGAAAUUGGAGUCCAAGAUUUUUCAGAUUGGAAGAAGGAUUUCUGUCCUAUCGUAAGAUGGGGAGGAUGACACAGCCUUUCAACCUUCAGCGAACACGUGUGGUUAUCGAACCAGCUUGGUCUAGUUCUACAAGGGCGCAAGCGAACGGAGCAGAAGACACCGGGACAAUUAUGGAGGACAAAGGAUGUAGCUGUAGGUCUAGGUUUUGCUUUGGAAGCUGUUCCCCGAUAUUUUGAUCAUGAUCAUCGGGUCCCUCCGUCACGUUGCACUGUCUUUUAGUCCGCCUGGCAGUCUACUUAUAAGAAAUCCUGCACUUGAUCUUUGAUUUCUACUGAAGGGGAAAAGUGAGAUCCUGAAAUCUACGAGAGUUCCUUUCGGUCACGGGAGUCAAGACAGCAGGAAUUGAAACCUGCUGUCUAACUAAAUGAGUUCACUGAGACGAAAACUCGACGAGAGAAGUAAUUAAUCGAUCGAUCUAAUCUAAUUGUCUACUCGUUGAGAAGGAAAGAGAUCGAUCACAUUAUCGAUCUCUAACAUGAAUCAAAUCAUAACCAUUUCAUCAAAUGAAACAGUUUACAGGAAUGGAAAAAUAAAAUUUUAUUUUGUUGUUGAAAAAUCUUCCUCGCUGACGCUCAGAAGAUUAAGGUGUUCACGAACAACGACACAACGUUUACGAUCGUUUUUCCCCUUGAGAGAUCUCAACGUGUCCACUUUCAACAUUGGUAGCGUGGUAGAGUGGUUGCUUUUUAGAAGAUAAAAGUGUAUAACACUUCUAGAGAAGCAAGAUCCCCCGAUUUGAAUAUAUAGCCCAAAUAUAACAGGUUGAGACUUCCACUUUUGUAAGGAUAGUGUCGUUUGAAGGUCUAACCUUCCGUGAUUUUUCUCAAGAAGCGAGUUCAUAACACCUUGGAUAUAGUCCUAACUUAAAAAUUUUUUUUCAUUUUCCCUUUCCAAUUUGUGUUUCCCCUCCUACAAAACAAUAAGGGUUUAACCCAGGAAAACCUUUUAAAAAGUGCCCAAUUUUACCUGGACGAACAGAUUAAAAAUAUGUCGUCCUCCUCAGAAUCGAGCUCGUCCUCCUCGGAAUCCGAUUCCGGCUCGACCUUCGCAGACCGAAUCGACUUCCAUAAAAGGAAGCAGCAGAUGCUGCAACAGAAGGUCGAGAGACAUGAGAAACGGAUUGUUGAAAUUCGCGAGGAGGAGAGAAAGUGCAUUGCCGCACUGAGGAAAGAGAGCGGAAGAUUUAAAACUUCCACGUCAGCGAGAACCAACAGCAAAAAGAACGCGAGUAAGGAGGAAAACAACCCCAGAUCGCGAUCGCGUUCCCGUUCAAGGUCAAAAGAAAAUAAGACGCGCAAAAAACAAAGACCAGCCUCCCAAUCGAGCUCUAGCUCAAGUUCAAGUGAACAAUCAGACUCCGAAGAGGAAAACCAAGAUUCAAGAUGUCAAUCCGGUCAGGCGGCUCUGUCUGGCACACGGAAUGAAGAACACUCGAAUCACAAACGAGCUCAAGGGGCCGAGAACCCUGAUGAAGCCGAACGUCAAGAAAACGACGAUAGGAAGAGUGACGGAGAACGUAGAGCAGAGGAAGAAGAGGAGAACAGGGAAGACAGCCCGGAAGUCCACAAGAGUAAACAAGAAACUGCUCAGGUGGAUCAGAACCUUGGGGGCGUAAUUGACGACAGAUUCGAGAAACCGAAGAGAAAAAUAUCGCAAGAAUCAGUACAAGACUUCGGAGAUGGCAGUGGAGAUGUUUUUGUUCAGGAGGAAGCUGCUCUCGCGCCGACCACUGAAGAAGAAAACGAAGAAGAAAAAAGGGAAGGAGAAGACAACGAUAAGGUUGUUGAUGAAGAGGAAGGAGCAAUCGGAAGUGAUUUAUCCGAAUCCUCCGAAGUCAAGCGUGAUAAGGAAGAUGAGCACAAAAGAGAACGCGACGACACUGAGAAGAAACAGGACGCGAAGACAGAAGGAGAUGCUGAAGCAGAGAAGCUUAGACUUAAAAAGGAAGAAAUACUCGCACGAAAGAAGGAGGUGGCGAAACGCGUGAGGAUGACAGAAAGGGAGAUAGUAGAUCAAAAGCAGGACGAAAUGGCACGUACAGCUAAGGAAGGAGCCACUGCCACGUCUACCAAACCCAACCAAGCACAAGUCGCUUUUUCUACUAAUGCCAACAAGUCCUCACCAAAUAGAGACACAAGGAAGAGACACCACGAACAGACACCAAAGGUGCCACCUCCAAAACUAAAGAGGCUGAAUAGCACACAGAAAGAGGAAGCAACUGAAGGUAGAGUCACGUUGACAAAAAACAAAAACGCUAAAGGAAAAACGGCCGUCGUACUUACGCCAGCAGCUACCGUUGAGGAGAAGGCAAAAACAAACAAACUCGUCCCACAUGAAAAAUCGCCACAAUGCAACAGGGAGAAAAGGUUGGAACAAACCGACAAGAUAACGGUUGAGUUAACCGGGACGGUAAAAUCCGUGUCAGAGACAAUUAAAGGUCCAGAGGGCAAGACGGAGAAAACGUCCGACCUGGAUUUUAGAGCGAGUCCCUUUAUUGACGAGUUCGAAGACAAUAACGAUGUUUAUGUCUAUCCCACCGGUACCGUGAAGGAAAAACACCAUGCGAAUACUGGCGCAUCUUCGUCUCAGAGUACCAACAUGAGAGAAGUCAGUGGUAUUUUAGCGCCGCCGGCACCAAGGAAGAAAGCCAGUAGCUUUCAGCCCGGGCCGAUGAGUUACGCAUCUGGCACACAAACCGUUAACGAACAGUGGGGAGAUAAACUAAAGCGGAUUGAAUUCCAGCGGAUUGUAAAGAAAUUCGUCGAUAACCCGAGUCAACUUACAACAGCUGAAACCUUCUACGUUGCCGCCGCCAUGCUAUCAGACGAUGCAAGAACUCUGAUCGAACACUCCGAAUACUCCGAACAUAUGAAACGGACAUUCUACGGAAAGUGGGGAUUUGGCGGCGAUAUUGAUGUUAUUUGCGGUGAAAUCAGACAGAUAAUUGAGGGAGUUCACAUCUUCGACUCGCACCAGAACAAAUACUGUUUGAUGCAGGGGACAACCUGCUCCGGUGCUCUAAAGAUGAUCGGAAGAGAGUCGCAACACAUUGUGAAGGAUAUUUACAAACAGCAAAACUACAACUCAAAACAAGUUGCGGCUCUGAUUGGUGGAAUAUGCGGCUGGUGCAAUGAGAACUUACUAGGGAAGAUAACACCACCAGAGUUUCCACUAGUAAUGAGGAUCAUCAUGAUGGCAUAUGCGUAUCUAUCUGACGACCUCGUCAUCGAAGAUAUGGUCAACUACGGAGGAUCCAAGGACAAGCGACACGAAGGACGGCCCUGGAAAAUCCAAUACACCGAUAACCACGGGCAAGAAAGGUGCCACCACAUCAAUGUCACUACACAGAAGAAACUUGGAAUUCCAACCGACUACGAUGCUAGAAACAGGAAGGAGCAGAACCGAAGGGUCUUCCUGUUGACUAUACACCUAUCACUUUACCAAUCGGCACAAUUUCACAGCCAUCUACAGACGCCAGCAACACUUGCAGUGAAGAUCGCAGUGGCAUAUAAGGAGGAACUCAAGGGAACACUUAAACUGUUCUCGAAGGGCCGAAGCUGGGCUCUCAGAGAGUUUGAGAACGCGAACCUCUAAGGAAAAAGAUUGGAGGGAGUGAAGAGAAGUUUGUUCUAUUCCAAGGAUGCCUAAGCCUAUAAGGUGGGACGUGUCCGAAGAAUGUCUAGGUUAGAGGAGACAACCGAAUUAAACGGCUCUGUGCAGUCUGGAUAUGAAAAGUGAAUAAGGCUAGCACAGCGCACGAAUACGAAACGAUCGAGCAUAUUUCAACACAAGGUAUACAAUAUUUAGAAAAGAGAGAAAUAACGCGAGGAAACUAGAAAGUUUAGCAAAAGUAUGAAGAAAACGUGCUAAACAUCUGUCGUGCCGGUAUAUCCUCACUCCUGGAGGAAAACUACCAAUCCCGAAGCAUCAACAUGACGAAUUACGAAGAGAAUAUGAUUGGAGCACUGCGAAACCUACAGUACGACGACGCUUUUAUUUUUGGAGACCUGAGCCAAGCGUUUAUACAGAUCGAGCAAGAUUUCGUCGAGGAAUUUGUUGUAUAUAUAGACGACGUAGCACUACUAGUACGCGAGGAAGAAAAUCGUGACGAAACACGAGAACAACUAAACAGACGGGAAAAGAGAAAGCAAGCAAGAGAACAAGAAAAAGCAGAUAAGAAGUUCGAGAUGAAUCUAGUGAUUGAAGCAAGAAGGAGAGCUAGAAGGUUUCGCCGAAAUAAAGUCGGACGUAGUCUUUACUGAAAACAACCCUGCAAGAGUUACAUUUUGUUUUACUCAUCACUCAUUAGUUCUUUUACACGAACCUGCAACCCUCAUCAAAGGCUCGAACAUUGUAAACCCCCCCCCGGUAUUUGAAAACUCAAACAAAGUUUUAAAGCUCAUGCCCCAUUUAUAUAUAUAUUUAAAAAAAAAAAAAAAGGGUGUCCAAAAGAGAAUCAAGAGAGCAAAGCGGACACAAAAGUGAGUGCUCGCAAAAGGAUCAAUAAGAACUACGCCCAGAAAGUUUGUGUUAGGAGCGAAGAAGAAUUAUUCUUGAGGUCAUUAUGACGGCCUACACGCAGGUAGACGGGUUUUUACCUCGGUUGAGAGAAGAAGCCGAGGAAGACCUCUGUCCUGAGGGGAGCGAGCGUGGGAGUUGAUACCAUGGAAGGACUAAAAGUCCUAAGUGUUUGUUCUUGUAUUUUAAGGUUUAUGGUUUUCUAAGAACGCGAAGAAGAAAGAAUUAUAAUCUAAUAUGAUCCAGCGAAUUAUAAUCAAUCAUAGAAAUGAUCAAUAUUUUGCUUACUGUCAUUCGUAUUCGGAGCGUUAUCUGCUAUAGUAAGACGAUGUCAACUUCUGACACGGAUAUGUCAACCGGGAGUGGCGGACAGGGAUAUCAAACGCCCGCCAACGGGAGCACUAUGCAACAUAGCAUGACGCCACCACCAGCCCUGAGCCCGCUCCUGCCUCCGAGUGGACAGUCACAACCGGCAGCCACACAACUACAGCAGAACAGCGUCUCUUUCGAAUAUAAUCACGUUACAGACAACAGUCAACUGAGCCAAAAUUUGAACGCGCAACAGAACAACCUAAACCAGACACAACAGAACAACAACCUCACACAAGUUUUUACCGGUCUGGACGAAAACACUAAUACCGAGAUGAGAAACUUCGCGUUAGAUAUUCAACGGAAAAUGCACGCGCAAGAGGCAGCAAUGGAGGCUCAAAAGCAAGCUAUGAGUGCUCAAUCCGAAGCUGCUGUUAAGCAGGCUCAAGAGAUGGCAAGACAAAAUGCUGAACAACAAAAGAUGUUCUUCGAACAGAUGAAAGCAGAGCGUGAAGCGGGUGCCAAAAGAGCGGAAGAACAAACAAGAGCACUACACGAGGCACUCAAGAGUCAGCAAAUGAUGUUUGCCCGCCUAAAACAAACUGAAAAUCAGCGAGAUGUACUCAGAGAGACCGGCGCUUUUGCCAUUGGUACUCCAACACAUUCUGACUCUGGAAAGAGUUUUGGCGGUAAGAAGGGGAUGAAGUACGGAGAUCCUAACUCCUCCGCAGCCUCUUCGUCCAGCUUCAACUUCAUAGAAGACCGUGCAGAACAAAAGAGAGCUGACCAGGAAAGACGGACACAAGAAGGCAAGGGUAAUAUUUCGAGUUUCCUCGUUAACGAGGCACUGACCUUCUCCACGAAGGCGAAUCUCACUGGAGACGCUGCUGCCAGGUUCAAAAACCUGGGGCGAGUCAAUCUUCAGUCGGGCGACUUCGAUGAGUCCCCUGGCAGGCCAAGAGCAUACUCCGAUCCGUGCGACAUGCACCAGGCUUUUCCCAGAGAACUACAUCCAACAAUCGCAGGGCCAUCAUCUGUUGAACCAGGAGAGAUUAAAGGAAUCAUGCCCAGAUUUGUUCAGAUAUUCUUCGAGGAAGAUGCUAUGGCUGCAGGUUCCGUAUACCAACAAGAGGACAUUCUCAUACCGAAACUGGACCAAACAAAGGGAAUAGAGUUCCCGACUCUAGACAACUCGCCCGACAUUCACUCUUGGGUCGCGGAUGUAGAAAACUACCUGCUUAUGCAGACUGCGACAGCUAGAGGAUACCUAUAUCCACGCGCACACUCUAGGAACUACAUCAAAAGAAUGAUAUUCCCACAAGAAGGAAACCAUACUGAUGCUUUUUCCAAAAGCAUGAAGGCAGUGCUUACUACUGUGCAGAGGGAAAAGCUACAAGCUACUGGCACACUCUCAGAGAGGAUUCCAGAAACUCUAUCAUUCACGAACCUCCUACAGGAGUUCUACAAGAUAUUCAACGCGAGGCGCGUCAUCGGAUCGGCCGAAAUAAGAGCCUACAACCAGUGGAAACCACCAAAGCACGCAAGUGUAGCAGGCAUCAUCCGGAACUACAUCGUGACCGCAGCCAAGGCAGGUGUAAAAUGCGUUGCGUCCAAAGAUCGAGACGGUGUACAUGUCCCUCUUACCCCUGCCGAAAACAUCCAAGCAAUUUCUCAAUUUUUCAAGUUCUACACACUGCCAAACCACAAACAAACUAUCAAAGAGAUAACAAGAAACUGCGGACGCACAAACAUAUCCAUUCAAGACAUACUCGAAUACUACAGUGUCGACGAAGAUAUGGAUGCGUACUUCGAUCUGACAGAUUCACUCGGAUACGGGGCAAAGAAAGCUACAGAGAAAGGAUAUGUCGUUGACGAAGAACAGCCAUGGUGUGAAAGUCCUGCUGAGUGGUCAUUUGCUCUCAAUGACAACGUGCGAGGAUCACACCAAUUCAAUCCAAGAAAGCCUCUUGGUCAAUUUGGACCGGGAGGAAAACUUCAAACAAAUUCAGGCGCAGGCAAAGGAAAAGGUGGCAAGGGUAAAAAGGGGAAGAAAGGCAAGGGAAAGAGGAAACCCAAUGCAUUCUGGAACAACAGAUGCAGAAACUGCCUUUCGAAAGGAUGUCACACUAGUGUCUGCACGAAGCCACCCAUGUGUUUGAAGUGCCUUCAAGAUGGACACGUGGCGAAAGACUGCACUAACGUCAAAAAGGUGCUAUCCCCGACAGACUUCAAGGCAUUCAUUGACAAACGAAACCUCCCUUCAGCCUUCAUGAUCGUACAAAUGGACCUAAACGCCGAACAGGAUUUCUGUUUCUAUGUCGGGUCUGCGAAUGACAUGGCCAAAUUCUGCAGCGCUUUCUCUGCUCAAUUUCCCCCGGGGGAAGAGAGUGAUGCGGACGACGAACUAGGGGCAAUAUGUCCACAGACAGGAGACGAAAAGGAAACAGAGCAAGGAACAGAGGCUGCAAACGUAGGGUAUGAAGGAACUACAGAUGAGGGAGAGGAAGUAUACGAAGAGGAAACUGAGGAAGAUGAUGACUGGGGACCAGUGCCACAAGAAUUUGCACUGAGAGUCAUGCAGAAGGAGUCGCUCAUGAUCGACAAUUUCGGUGAAGUACUGUGUGAGGAGUCGAACAAAGGCAGUGAGCUUGGUACUGAAAUCAAAAAAUUUAGGAAAGAGGAAGAAUUGGGAAUAGAAAAGAAAAUAGAAGAAUUUGAAGAGCACCUACUUAACGACAGGAAUUUUGUAGAACAGGACGAAGAAUUCAAGAGAUUCAGCACGAAGAUAGGAAACGAGACGGAGUCGGCAAUGAGAAUCAAGGAACAAAGACCACAGUGCGCCACACAGAUCAAGUCACUUGUGGGCUCAGGAUACAACGUGGAACUCUACCUAAGAAAGACAUCGCUUGAUGCACUUGAGGGCUACCUAAACGCGAGAAACGUAAGAGCCCAGUCAAAGCUAAGUGACGAACUCUGCGGAACCGCAGGGAGCAAUGUAUCGAUAAUGAAAAGAGCGAUACUACCACUCGAGAAAAGAAUAAAGCUCCCAUCGAACGGUAUAGCCGCUAUUCGAGGAUGGGCACUGAUCACGGUUGUUCCUGAUACUUUCAACAGCGACGGAACGCCGGCAGGUUUUGAUCUCGCAGGCGAAGGAAUUCUACAAAGAUGCGGAAUAUCCCAGAUUAGGGAACACAAGUACGAAAACAUCGGAUCAGAAGAGCCGUCAGGAGUAGAGUGCUAUCUAGAGAACAGCGCCACCAAGUGGAGGCUCGACUACGAAGGAACGCAGUGUCUACUAGACUUCUUCGACUACUCUGAAGAAUUCCUACAGCAGAUCAGGGCGAUGCAAAAGAAAGGAAAGAUACACAACUACACCAGGUACGUUCCAUCAUUUAUCACGUCUACAUCGGAAAAGGUAGCGCCAGUACUGGACUCUAUUCCAGAGGACGAAGAAUACCAACAAACGGAAAACAGAGUAGAAAAGGGCAUGAUGGAAGAACUGGAGGAUCCACAGCCUCCUGCCGAAGAACUAGAAGGCGAUGAAAUCGGGCUAAGUGAGAUCGUAGACACACAGAUCAGGAAUAGAGAGAGGGCUGAGAACAAUGAGGUCGUCGUUCUCGAAGUGCCAACAGAUGAACAACUCGGUAUUCAACCAGGCGAGAAUGGGUACUUUGUAGUUCAGAGAACAAUAGCGAAGAACAUAACAAGGCUACCGCCAGUAGAGGAAGAAAUAAAAAACCGGAUUCGUUUCAGAUCGGUACUGGAUGCGUACACCGGAAACGUGGUUCUACAGAUGGACAAAAUGUACUCAGCCAGGCAAGUAAUGAUAGAGCGCGAGGUUAAGCUGGGAGACUAUGUAAUCGACGACUUUGUCUACGUGUCUACGCCCGCCGAACCAAGGACUGAGGCAAGACAGCCUACAACUCCGCGGAGGUGUCAUAAGUGCAAGGGUAUGACGUACCUAGACAUACCAGUCGCGAUUAGAAUCGGCGUCGAGGAAAGUGCACUCAUGAAUAAAUUCGCACAGACGAGCUAUUUGAACGAGAUAGAGAUCUUCACCAAAAGUCACGUGGACGCUGUGCCAUAUAGUCUAAUCACGAGCACAAAGGUGAUAAAUGUGGACAACUACCUAGACACGCACAGAAUAUACGACAGUACGCAGAUAGCGAACAAGACGGGUCUGCACAAAGACUACCAAGACGUGGUCAUGAGCCAAAAAGAACAAAUGAACGAGCUCGAGGAAGUCUUCCUAGAUGUCAUGAACGCGCCAGCCCGACACGGGAGCAGGAAGAGGGUAUGCAUCACAUGCAAGUCAGGAGUAGGAGUUAGUGUAGCAGUUGCGGAGUUACUUGCACAAGCACACAAGAGGAGAAAGUUUGCAGUGAACCACUGCUCCGCACCGACGGCACUUUUCGAGAGAGGAUUAGAAGUUAGACCUGAUGGCGGAGUGGGUGAGAGACCACCCGAGGGGUCGAUGCUCAGAGAACUAAGGUACGUGUUUGAUCUUGGAACAAAGAGAUUGUCGCAAGCAGAUCGCGAAGUGUAUAGAGAAAUAGAGAACAUGGCCAUAAAACACGGUUGGCCGCAGGAGAAAAAGCUCCUAAAGCUCGUCUUCAAUGAGCUACAAGGAAUAAAUCCAGCGAGGCUAGCGUAUCUAGUAGAACUGGCAUCGAACAACUAUGAGUACUCGAUAAAGCACCAGAGAGCUGCAAGGAACAGAUCGAUGAGAGGCUUCCUUCUAUCGAGGAACACAUCAGGAGCACUGGUGAUGAUUGACACAGCCUUUUUCGCAGCAGUGCCCGGCGAUAACAUCCUAUACGCGUCGUGCGUCCUGAUGAAUCUAGUAACAAGGAGGAGCUGUCAGGUGACCGCGGGCACCUCGGUGAACAUAGAAGAAUACAUUACGAAGAAGAAGCUGGACCAGGACGAUGCACAAAGGAUAAGAGAAGGCAUAGCAAUAAAUGCAUGCGAUGUUUUCUCGGUGCCAGAAUUAAGGAAAGGAGGCGCGCCGACAGCGGCCGCGGUGAUGAAGCUGUGUGACAAGGCAGUAGACAUGAGGAUCAUGCCACCAAAUGGAGGAACCAUCAUCAUAGACAAGGGGAGAGAGAACAUAUCGUGUGAGUGCGCGCAGAAAUGGGACAAGGAAGUCAGAGACGUUUUUGCAACAUCGACAGGAAAUGAAACAGGGCUUGCACCUAUCGAGAGAAGACACCUAGCUGUAAGAAAUAUGGACGCAAAAUGCAUCAGAGACCCUAUUUUUGCAAACGUGCCACUAAGCGUCAGGUUAAACGAAAUACACAGGAUAAUAGGGAGAAACCCGGCGAGCGCUUUAGACGGGCUGGCACCAGACACAUGCGAUUUUGGACCGUGUGAGGGAGUAGAGGCGUCAAACAUAGAAGACGACGCAGUGGUAAGGUACAAUAUGGAUGAGGCGGCAGCGUCGACUUUCAUCAGGGCGGAACAUAGCCAAGCAAUUCAGGCCUACCACCGGGCAAUUACACUUGAAAGGACGUGGUGGAGGAGGCCAGAAAGAUCAGGGCACGAGAACGACGCGAACUGCAAUUACAAACCAGAUACCGAGAAGGACAGAAAAUACGGCAUAAGGGGAAAGACACAAACUGGUACCCGGCAACAUUCGUGAAGUACCUGCCGUCGUCAGUAGGAGAACCCAGAUGUGAAAUAAAGACUGGAAAUGGAUCGUAUCAACCACCAGUAUACGUAGCACAGAUUGAACCAAAGGUGAACUAUGGCUACCGCGUGACCUUCCCGGAGUUAAGACCACUCAACAUGGAAUUUCUACGACUGCAAGGAAACAACACAGGAAGACCAAAACUGAGGCCCGUAUCAGCAGCAGAGGACAACCUGCUGCCCUUGAAGAGAAAGGAGAGAAAGGUGACACUUCCGAGUUACCAAGAAGGCGGAUCAUCGUCGUCAUCGUCAUCAGCGCGACCGCGAAUGGUAGAGAGACAGGAAGAGAGACAAGAAAAUAUACAGAAAGGAAGAAAGAAGGGCAAGACCAGAAAGAUGGAAUUUCAAGAGGUGGCUUUCUCUGUGGAUGACAACCCAUUAGAGCCGGAAAAUAUAAUAAGAACAAAGGAGAUGGUAACGGCCGACAGGGUGGCCGUAGAGGAAAGUCUACAGCUGAUAAAGCCGACGAGAGCACAAAGACGUGGCUUAGCUUUCACGCUCCUGAAGGAAUUCAGUCAAGACUUUGCAGGAGGAGAACUACGGGGCGACAGUCUGCCCAGUAGCCUAGUUCAUGCUGCACUCUUCGAUGCACAAAAUGAGAAAUACAGAGCACCACUGAGGACGUGGCUACUCAACCAAACCGGAACCGAAGACGCAGCAGGGAUACUAGAUGAGGAUACUGAUCCCGGAAAGGGAAGGAAAGCAAUAAAGGUAGGCGUAGACGAGGUAGAGUUCAUGGAACGGAGUGCACUCGGAAAGUGGGAAACAGAGGGAAAGAAGAACGAGGUCAUUGUCAUCGUCGAGUAUUUCAAUUCUGAUAGAGCGAUAGACGAAGACAAUGCAGAAGAACGACUCCUAAAAAUUGACAGACCACACUUUACCGAGGAAAUGAGAAACCGGAUACGCUCGCAUUCGAAAAUCAUAGACCUAGACCAGUCGUGGCUACGGUACGUCUUAAAGGUACCGCUACACAUGAAGAAUGCGCUCAAGAAAGAGUUUAAGUCAUGUUUUGAACAAGACCUCUUCGAAAAGAUGGAUAACGGUACGAUCUUCGACGAGGAACAAAACCCCAUAACGUCACGCGUGAUAUUCGAUUUGAAGAGAGUGUCAGACACCAUGACGCAACUGAAAGUCAGGUGGGUCCCUGGUGGCCACCAACAACACAGAGGCAAGGGGAUAACAUGCGAGUCGCCUACGCCCACAGAGACAGAGGUGAGACAGUGUCUUUCUUUCGGGAGAAGAUUUAAAAAGAGAAAGCUUGUGUCCGGGGAUGUGCCUCGUGCAUUCCUGAAGACUCUGCGAUGGGCGAGAGAAAAGCGGCCACGUACUCGCUUUCCAUCAAACGUUCGCGCAGAUGAUCUUCUCGUGAUGAUGGCAGCCGAGUUCGACCUCGGGGUAACGUCGAUUCUGGUUUUAAACAUUCCGCUAUACGGGACCAGAGAAGGCGCGCUGGGGUGGUACAGAACCCUGGAGACAUUCCUGAAGUCGAACGGCUGGAGAAACUCACAGUACGCGCCGGCAGUCUAUGUAAAGAAAGAUAAGAAAAGCGGAAAAGUGCUCGGAAUUAUGUGCGUACACGUGGACGACUUACUAAUUCACGGAGAGGAGGAGCACGUUAGUGAAGUGAUGGAAAUGUUAGCGAACAAGUUCGGAGUAGAAACAUGGGAGCGCGGGAAGUUUAUCUUCUGCGGUAGGGAGAUAACAGACGAGGAGAAGAGAAUCACGAUAGACGUAGCUAGGAAGAUACAGACACUUACGGAAUUCAGUUCCGAAGGCAAACAAGACGAGGACAUACUGUCAGCAGCAGAUGUGACACAGCUGAAGUCCAAGCGUGGGGCGGUACUAUAUAUAAGUACAUGCCGAGUAGAUGUGCAGCUCGCAAUAAGACUUGUAUGUCUAGGACAAGACGCAGCAAAGAAGUAUCGCGAGGCAAGAAUGCUAAACGAAAUACUACGUAGGUUAAAGUCCAUGCCCGACGCAGGAGUAGUAAUUGAUCUAUCCUAUGGGGAUGAGACGUUCAUAAUCCUGACGGAUUCGUCGUGGCAGUACCUAGGGCCCAAUGUGCCCGAGGGGAGUGACGUACCAACAGAGAAGGAGGACGUUAUGAUCGUGGAGGACGAGCAGAUCAAAAUUGUUCAUCAGAUUCCGAGGACUGAGCUCUGGAAGCCCGAAACAGAAGAGCUGAAGACGAGGCUGAACGAUUACGGAUUCAGGACCACCAACGGGACGAAGGUGAAGAGUGGGAUUAAAUUCGAAGAUAAAGACAAGAACUGGAAAGACCCAGAAAACCAGAUCGGAACUGAGGAAAAAUGGGUAGGAGUAACAACCUUUACAAAGAAAGAAGUAAAGAAACAAGAAGGGCACAAAAAGGUAGAACCAGUAAGAUACACGACAGCCAAAUCUGCGACUUCGAAGAAGCGCAAGAGACUCGAAGAACAGAAAAGGAAGUAUAACGCAAUAGAACAAUAUACGAUAGCGAAAGGAGACGUGAAGGAGGAAGCCAAUAAACUGAAGCCGAUUCUUGGAAUGGUGCUUCUGUCUGUGUCCCAGGCUGACUUGGAGGAAGCGGCUAGGGGCACCAUGGAGGUGAAGAGAGGACUCGACACGAACGAACAAACAAUGAGGUGCUCAAUACUCUACUCAGAUGUCACAUUCAGCGACACAGUAACGGCCUCCUCAUACGAAGGCGAACUUCUGGCAGCAAGGGAAUUUAUAGACGUAGGACUUGCACACGUUGCGAAAGUAGAAACAUGGACGGGCACAGCUGAGGAUCUGAGUUUGAUCACGGAUUCAAAAUCACUUACGGCACGGCUUAGGUCGAAAGCAGCGAUUGACGUGCAGGAUGCUAGGGUCUAUAAGCCACUCGCUCUACUGAAAAAUCUGUACUCUCAUGGUCUAUUUGAGAUCGGGGGAGUGACAGACGAAUAUAACCUCGCAGACGCACUUACAAAGGUGCCGGCCGGCAAGAAGCUCCAACAGCUGUACCGGGCAAUGCAAGGCGGAGGAUGGACUUUUGCAAGGGGCGAGAUCGCAUUAUUCAGAAGACGUUUCGUAUGGGAACUUCCGCUGUCAUCAGACCAGAAGGAGUUGUCUUGACGAGGAUGGCAAGGAAUUGAGAGAUUUGAUUUUUUUACUUACGAGUUUAGUCUGAGCUUUUUAGAGCAGACAGAUGAAGAAGACUGACUGAGUGACCAUUGGAACAAACGACACUAACAGCAAACCUAUACGACAGACGUAGACGCAUAAAGUAUCGCAUGGUGAUACUAGAAGGGCCAGGGGUUCUACACGAGCGCUACGUUGUCGAUUUUUGAAAAAGUCACAUGGUGACUGUAAAUCGAGACCCAUAAUAUGAAAUGGGUAAUUCUCCAGGGGAGAAAUACAAGAAGCCAGAACUUUCAUGGAGAGUCAUCGCGGAGCCAGGGGCUGCGCGCGGCGAAAGUGGUUGAUGGUCCACUGUGAAAAACCAUCAACGUGGUGAAGAUGAUGUAAAGAAGAAAAAUAACAUAUAAUUAAUGACGUAGCAAGUGUCUCAUUUUUAUUUUCAAUACCCCUUGGGGUGAUAAGAAAUCCUGCACUUGAUCUUUGAUUUCUACUGAAGGGGAAAAGUGAGAUCCUGAAAUCUACGAGAGUUCCUUUCGGUCACGGGAGUCAAGACAGCAGGAAUUGAAACCUGCUGUCUAACUAAAUGAGUUCAUUGAGACGAAAACUCGACGAGAGAAGUAAUUAGUCGAUCGAUCUAAUCUAAUUGUCUACUCGUUGAGAAGGAAAGAGAUCGAUCACAUUAUCGAUCUCUAACAUGAAUCAAAUCAUAACCAUUUCAUCAAAUGAAACAGUUUACAGGAAUGGAAAAAUAAAAUUUUAUUUUGUUGUUGAAAAAUCUUCCUCGCUGACGCUCAGAAGAUUAAGGUGUUCACGAACAACGACACAACGUUUACGAUCGUUUUUCCCCUUGAGAGAUCUCAACGCUUCCACUUUCAACACUUAGUUAUAGUUUGAUGUAGUUCAUCCUCUUCUUCUUCACUGCUCCUAGUCUAGUUGUAACCACUAACUUCUUCCAACUAUCUAAAUCUGAUCUAAAACGAUCUUGAAAAGUAGUUCCUGGUCAGUGAUCUUAUCCUUAUGACAGAGUAGUUUAUAGCACCCAUGGUGCAUGGAGUAGCAUGGAGUGCAUGGAGCGCAGAGCUUUAAGGGGCGCAAGAAGCUCCCCCUUUAGCUCCAUGCUACUCCAUGUGAUCCAUGCACUCCAUGCCAUGCGAGCUGUGAAACCUUAUAAGUUGCUCUGUUAUAAAUAGCGACGCUUGUAUUAACUACGAAUGCUUACAAUCUGAGUAGAAAACAUGCUGCGUCUAACUGGAGUUUCUCCCCCCCCAUCUCAUUUACUACAUUUUCCUCCUCCUCGUCCUCCUCGCCUUCCACGUGUACUUUUUCUAAUCUCAUUUACUACAUCUUCCAGAUUUUGGACCAGGAGACGCAACAGCCAUUGUUUCGACUUAGCGCUCGCAACCGAGAACUCGCAAAGAUGUGGGUCACGCAGAUAGUAGCCUUAAGGCCCCCUCACUUAUAAUGGCCCUUCCCCACAACUGUACGUACCCCAAGACUGGGUAGAUUAAUCUUUUUAAAAGGUCAUCAUCUUUUUAAAAGGUCAUCACUUAGUCCUCUUCGUCCAUCUUUUAGCAUUAGCUCAUCACUUAGUCCUCUUCGUCCAUCUUUACGCAUUAGCUCAUCUGCAGUCUGUUUUCAAGUAGAAAAGGGGGGACAGAUGGGGCAAAAGAUGGAUGAUUUUUUUUGACUUCUAAUAGCCGCAAUUUUUUUCCUCCGUAGAGAAGCGCACUCCGUAGAGAGGGGUCUCAGGCUCAGUUCACUCGUUACGUCAUCGGAUAAGCAGCAGGUAGCAUUAUCACGAUCUGUUCUUCUAGAUGUUGUGAAAAUCUGCAGGUCAAACCAUGAUUUCAACUGUGAGCAGCGAUCAACAUAGUAAGCUUAAAAUAUCCUUAACAUUACAUUAUAUUGAUCGCUUACAGCAAUAAUCCACUACCAUCAAGUAGUUGAUGUCGUUGAAAUCCUGAUCCACCUUGUACAACUUGGGAAAUUUUCAACAUCUGGACCAAAACAAUACAACAGAGCGGCUCCGCAGCCUCGGCAGAAGCUUCUUGCGCCCCAACUCCUGGCGCUUCGUCAGCUAUAUCCGAUCGGUCAGAUGCAGACGGUCACUCCAGAAUAGAUUCAAAAGUGGACUUGCUUGAACAACUAGAGUCCUCCUGUUGUGAUGGGAGCAAAAAUGAAGGAGAAGGAGAGGGAGAGGAAAUUAUAAGUGGAGGUAUUACAUCAACAUCAACUUCAUCAAGCAGUGCAAGUGGGACUAGAGGUAGGACAUCAACAAGAACAUCGAAUUCAGAGGUCACGAAAACGAGCGCCGUCGUGAAGAAUUCAGUCGAUUGGUUUGCAGUUUCAGUAGCUCUGCUUGCGGUUCUAUUGACCAACAGCCUUUGCGGCGUUGAUCUCUUAUUGCUAGUGCUCACGACGGCGAGGGCCUCUUUGCCUUUCUGAUUCAGAUUCCUCACGACUUGGACUAGUUUUUUUCCCUAAAUCAUGACUACCACUUGAAGCAUCUGCGUCAGCGUGUGUCCUCUGAAAGAAAAAUCCGUAUCCUCCACUUGCAAGAAAAGAAAAAAUCCAGAACAGUCAACAUUUGAAGUUCCAUCAUUGUUGCCGCUCAGUCAACAUCUGAAGUUCCAUCAACGCUCCUGGUGGCGAAUCGAUGAUGAUACAGAUGCACAUAAAAAGAGACUCCCUGAUGUUCAACAUCAUGAUUCCCAGAAGAAGACGACUGGCUGUUCAUCAAGAUUAAAGAAUGUUGUCAAG